AUGACUCUGCGUCCCUCUACUGCUCCUCGGCGUGUCCCUCUACCGUCUCCUCCUGCGUCCUCUUUGCCUGCCGUUCCGGACCCUGAGUCUGACCGGUAUCGCGCUGAGCACCCUACAGUCACGCGUCUCCUAGCUACUGUUGUCACUGACCCUACCUUUGAGUCCUCGGCUGCGUCUGCUCUGGUCGCUGAGUUGGUUGACUUUGCUGCUGCCUGUCGUCUAGACUACGCUGCUAGCCUUGUUGCUGAGUUAGAGUCUGCGUCUGUCUGUCCUCCGUCCGCCGGGGACCCGGAUGCACUAGACAUCCCCACUCCGCGCACUUACGCAGAGGCGAUCUCGGGUCCCUACUCCUCUCAGUGGCAGACAGCCAUGGACGCAGAGAUGGCAUCCUGGAAGUCCACAGGCACCUACGUCGACGAGGUUCCCCCUCCUGGGGCGAACAUCGUCGAUGGCAUGUGGAUUUUCAGGGUGAAGCGGCCGCCGGGUUCUCCGCCUGUCUUCAAGGCGCGUUACGUGGCUAGAGGCUUCAGUCAGCGUCAGGGGGUCGACUUCUUCCAGACCUUCUCCCCCACCCCGAAGAUGACCACUCUUCGGGUUCUGCUGCACGUUGCUGCUCAGCGUGACUACGAGCUUCACUCUCUUGACUUCAGCACAGCGUUCCUGCAGGGCAGCCUGCACGAGGAGAUCUGGCUGCGCCGCCCACCUGGCUUUACUGGGUCGUUUCCUCCUGGUACCCAGUGGAGCCUCCGCCGGCCAGUCUACGGUCUCCGCCAGGCGCCACGAGAGUGGCACGACACACUGAGGACUACACUUGCGGCUCUUGGGUUCGCGCCGUCUACUGCUGACCCGUCGCUGUUUCUGCGCACAGACACGUCGCUGCCGUCGUUCUACAUUCUUGUGUACGUCGACGACUUGGUCUUUGCUACUGCUGACACUGAGGCACUCGCUCGUGUGAAGUCGGAGCUGCAGAAGAGACACACCUGCACUGACCUGGGUGAACUGCGUAGCUACCUUGGCUUGCAGAUCACCCGGGACAGAGCUCGCCGCACCAUCACCCUGACUCAGUCACACAUGGUGCAGCAGGUCCUUCAGCGCUUCGGCUUCCAGUUCUCCUCACCACAGGCCACACCUCUGGCUACCAGCCACUCGCUCUCAGCUUCACCUUCGGACGAGUCCGUAGAGCCGAGUGGCCCGUACCCAGAGCUUGUAGGCUGCCUCAUGUACCUGAUGACUUGCACGCGACCUGACCUCGCGUACCCUCUUAGCAUCCUUGCUCGUUACGUUGCGCCUGGGAGACACAGGCGAGAGCACUGGGAGGCGGCUAAGAGGGUGCUGCGUUACUUGUGCAGUACAUCAGGCAUGGGGCUGGUGCUUGGAGGACACGACAGAGUUGUCCUCACUGGUCACUCGGACGCUUCUUGGGUGGACGACCUGGCUACGCAGCGGUCGUCACAGGGUUACACCUUCAGCCUUGGCUCUGGUUCUGUCUCGUGGCGGUCCACCCGCUCUUCCUCUGUUCUCGGCUCUAGUUGUGAGGCUGAGAUCUACGCCACAGCCAUGGCUGCACAGGAGUUACGCUGGCUCACCUACCUGCUGACUGACUUGGGAGAGCGGCCUAGUUCUCCUCCAGUUCUGUACGGUGACAACAAGGCGGCUCUUGCCUUGUGUCAGGAGCACAGACUGGAGCACAGGACGAAGCACAUUGCUCUUCGCUACUUUCUUGCUCGAGAGCUUCAGCAGCGCGGUCAGCUUCGGCUUGUGUACGUGGACUCGAAGGCCAACACUGCUGAUAUCUUCACCAAGGCGCUCCCGCCUAGUGAUCAUCAGCGGCACUGUACUUCUUUAGGCCUUGUGUCCACGUUUCCUCACUUGCUCACUGCUUGA